GAAGAUACUAGUAUAUAAAUACCAAGCAAAAAAUCUUUUUUGCAAAUUGGAGAGAUAUACUUGCGUUGUAGAGUAAAAAUUAGUGCAUAAAAAGACCAUGCAACAGACAGGAUGUUUCUUUGGAAUUUUGCUUCUCGCCAACGUGGUCCUCGUUGUUUUUUCCUGUAGUUGUAUCAUGCAAAAUCCCUUCAACGGUUUCUGCGAAUCCGAAAAUGUUCUCGUUGUGAAAGCUUUGGAAUUAAUUGAGCAUGAACGGAUGAAUUCAUACAGGGCAGAAAUUUUGAAAGUAUUCAAGUCGAGAGAACCAUUGACAAGAAACACAACAACUAUAAAUACAGCAAAAUAUGGAAGCCUUUGUGGAACAUCCCUACCAUUAAAUGUACCAAUGAUGAUAUCACCCACUGGAGGUGGGAAUGGUGGGUCUGAGUUCCAGAUUGGAUUGUGUGACGCAAUAAGAAUGAAGUACAGUGAACAACUUGAAAACUUCGGAGACGAUUUAGAUUGUAGUUGUAGGGUUGUGCUGAAGUGGGACUUAAUGUUUAUGGAUGAAGAAUAA